GCGGAGGCUUUUAUGUAUUCAAGGUCGGAUCCGGAAAGCUGAGAAAAGUGGGUCCUCGUCUAAGUAUCUUGUCAAACUAUCACACACUGCAUCGUAUGUUGUUUUGAAAACAUAAUUGAGCGUCUUUUCGCAUUUUUUAAAAAGCUUAUGUUCACUAUUUCGCCGGAUAUUUGUCGUAACACAUCGGCAAGUAUCUUUUACCACUUAUGUAGGUAUAUCAAUAUUGUAUUUGCACAUACUCCUACAAUAGAAAGAAUCAUAAAUAAACGGAAAUAUAGGCGGGCAAGGGCUAAAUAAAUGGUAUUUUCCUUUAGAAGAUAAAGGGGAAGUGAUGCAGAAACACGCUAGAAUGUCUGCUUUUUCGUCUGCCAUCUGGAAAUGAUGCAAAACUUCACCUUUUUGUCGCUGUAUGUCUGAAAUGUCGCUGAGUUGUCUGCUUUUCUUCCAACUACACGCCGAAUCGUUUACCAUUCGCCUAAUUUUCUACUUUACAUCUAACUAUAAGCUUUUUUGUCCGCCUUUUGCUUAACCCUGAUUGUUACGUAUGUUCGCCUUUAUUUUCAUAACAAAUCACACGACGGCUGCGAUUGACUACGUAAGAAAAUGGUACGUGCGUAAAGACGUCUAUUAACAAGAAAAAACACUAUAUUGUACAAACAGAUGCUCGAGCAACGGUCGUAAAUGCCAAGUCCUGUUGUCAUUUAAGAAUAUCUGCAAAAGAAAUUACAGAUAAAGAAUCAAUAAUAAUGAAUACGUCGUUAUUGAUAUGUGUAUAUAAAAUAAAAAAGGCUUUUUCAACAUACAUUCCAUUAGUUCAGGAGUUUCAUAUGCAAGUUAGAAAUUCAGCACAUGUUAUCAAAAGCUUUGUUGAUAAUUAAGUUAAACAUAAACAACAUUUCAAUGAUGAAGUCUUUCUUUAACUGCAGUGUUGUUAUUACGAAUUGAAAUAAUCUCCCUGUGAAUUCUGAAAUUUAAUGGACACAAAAAUUUACAACAAUGUCCAACUGCCGUAAUUUGUUAAACAACUUUGGACCUGAAGUAUGACGAUUAUGUACGAUUAUGUUACCUAAUACUGAACACCAUCCAUAGAGCAGCAAUUAAUAGUUAUAACUUCAAAUUAACAAAGUUCAUAAUUCCAGUUAUGUCCACAUAAAAUGUUCCGAAGUAAAUAUUCUUCCUUUAAAGAGCCUACAAUAGUGUUGACGACAAGCUAAUUGCUUUCAGAUUUCUAUUCACAAGAAUUAAAGGAGAUACGUCUACCAUCUCCUCUUGGUGACAUAAACUAUGCCGAAAACGCUAAAAGGUCUUGUUAGUCGUCAUAAGAAGCGUUUUCAACAAGAUGGAUUUGAUUUGGACUUGAGUUAUAUCUCCACCAGAAUUAUUGCGAUGGGAUUCCCUGCUGUUAAACUUGAAGGUGUUUAUCGUAAUCAUAUUGAUGAUGUUGUACGCUUUCUACAAACACGACAUGCAAACCACUACAAAAUCUAUCACCUAUGUGAUGAAAGAGAUUUUAACGUUUGUCGAUUUGAUGGUCCAGUCGCAAAAUAUCCAUUCUCUGACCAUAACGCUCCUCAGUUUGAACAAAUCAUUGCUUUGUGUGAAGAUGUAAAUGGAUUUCUUAGUCAAGAUCCUAAAAAUGUCGUUGCAAUUAAUUGUAAAGCUGGAAAGGGGAGAACUGGUGUUAUGGUCUGUGCAUGUCUUCUUCGACUACACGAUGUUAUGAAUGCAGAAGAAUCACUGAAAUUCUAUGGUGAACAACGAACUGAUAAUGGUAAAGGUGUAACAAUACCGAGUCAACGGCGUUAUGUACAUUAUUAUGAUUUAUUCUUAAAAAAUAAUCUACAGUAUCAUAGAAUUCCUCUUUUCUUAACAGCUGUACGUGUUUGUGGAUUACAGUAUUUACCAGGCCUUUUGUUAGAUCUACAACUGUAUACAUUUGAUUCAUCUCAUGUGUUUGAACAAAAUUGUGCAACAUUCUCUUCCGAACCGAUACAUCAAAAUGAAGUUGUUAUAAAACCGAAACAAGAUAUUCUGUUAUUUGGAGAUGUUCGAGUUAAAUUCUAUGCUAGACACCAUAUGUUAAAUAAAAAGAUAUGCCAACUAUGGUUUAACACAUACUUUGUGGUGCAUGGAGAAGGGUCAUCUAAUUGUGCAUCCAGUCCUAAGGAAGGUUUUAACAAUGAUCACUGUACAUGUGCAUUUCCACCAUCAACAAUAGCAUCAUCCUCUCGUGAACAGUUACUUGGUCACUCAUUUCUAAAAUUACCGCUCUCUGAAUUAGAUAAAGCUUAUAAAGGGAAGUCGAAAUUCUUGACAUCAGAAUGCAAUAUUACUUUGUAUUUUACAUGUCCCUAUUGUAUUGAAAGAAAAAACAAUCAUUUGAAUACUAAUAAUUCCAAUCAGUCACUUCCAAAAACACUAGAUUUGUCAACAGAUGAUCAGAAAGCCAUUUCACCAAGUAAGCGUGCAAUUGUCCAUUGGGCGACAUCUUUAUCAUCUCAUCCCUACUUAUUGUCUCCAUCGUCUACAAAAUCUAGAGACUUGAAGAAAGCAAGUGAUGUACAUUGUGAUGGGAGUCCUAGUUUAAUACCCAAAGCAAAUGUAACUGAUGUAUCCGGAUGUCAAAACAUUGGGGCACUCGAUAUAUCAAAUAAUGUAUUUUCACUAGGAUCUUUACCAUCAUGUUCAGCUGUCAGUAAUCAUGAUCGAGAUGUCAGUUCAGAUGAAGAAUAUGAUGACGAUGAUGACAAUUACGACAGUGAGGAACACUACAGUGAUUGUAAUAUUCAUGUGGAGCACAAAACUACUUUCCCCGUUACUACCACUACUUCCCUACUGCGAAAUACUAACAGUUCACCAUCUUUAUUGGCUCACAAAAGGAAUUUUUCGUUAAGACAUAGAACAGAAAAAUUAAACACAUCAAUUAAAUCAAACCAAUCCGUUACUGAUGUGAUAAAAACGCCUAAUAAAGUGGAGCUGACAAAACCAACUACUCCUGUUGUCCACUACUUUGUAAAACACCCACAAUUGAGACGUCAAUCAUCAGAGGUAACAUUAAAUCAUUCAGUUAGUUGAUGAAUAUGUUUAAAUGUGUGUAUUUUUUGUGUGCAAUUACUUUAUAAUUUUGUACAGAAGUGACUGCACCAAUUCGUGUUUAAAGUUAACAAUGAAAACUAAAAGGUGAUAGCACAUAUGUGUAUCUGACAUCAAAUCAUUUAUUUAUCAAGAGACAUAUCAAGAAACAUAAUAUUAUUUUGAAUGGAUUCUUUAUCUUAUCAAAAUGUAUUUUAUUAAUUUGUAUGCUUUUAUACUUGUAAAUAUUUUACUGUUUUCUUUUGUUUUUGUAUAUUUAAUUAACUUCCCUAUACUGAAACCGACUUUUCUGUGUAUUGGUUUUGUUCCUCAAAUUGUCAAGUAAAGCACACAUCACUCGACUUCAUCAGCAGACAUUUUCUGUGCUUAGCGUGACUGGAACAAAACGUCAUUGUAUAUUGAAACGUAACACUAUAACUCAGUAUCAAUAGCUUCAUUAUAUUACAGAGGAAUAUUUUCCUCGAGCUAACUUUCGAUAAAAUAUAAUACUAUAUUAUCUUGCUU